UGGCCGGGCCGGCGGCGGGGGCGGAGGGUGCCCGCCGGGCCGGGGCUUGCUCUGGCGCUGCUCCUCUCUCGCUUCUGCUGCAGUGCCUUAGCUGGACCGAUUGUUGAUCCACAUGUAACAGCAGUCUGGGGGAAGAAUGUCACGUUAAAAUGCAUAGUUGAUAUAAAUGAAACAAUAACACAAAUCUCAUGGGAGAAGAUGCAUGGUAAAAGUGCACAAACUGUUGUUGUUCAUCAUCCUGAAUAUGGGUUUUCUGUUCAAAGAGAAUACCAUGGAAGAGUGUCAUUUAAAAACUCUUCACUUAUUGAUGCAACAAUCAGCCUAAACAAUGUGAGCUUCUCUGAUGCAGGAGAGUAUAUAUGCAAAGCAGUUACAUUCCCACUAGGAAAUGCACAGUCAUCAACAACUGUAACUGUAUUCGUUGAACCUGCUGUGAGCCUUACAAAGGGACCAAACUCUUUAAUAGAUGGUGAAAAUCAGACAGUAGCAGCCAUUUGUACAGCAGCCACUGGAAAACCUGCUGCAGAUGUUGAUUGGGAAGGAGGCCUUGGUGAAAUGGAAUCUAGUUCAACUUCCUUUCCAAAUGAAACAGUGACAGUUGUAAGUCAGUAUAAAAUCAUUCCUACCAGAUUUGCAAGAGGAAGACGUAUAACUUGUGUUGUAAAGCACCCAGCUUUGGAAAAGGAGAUAAGAUAUUCUUACGUGCUGGACAUCCAAUAUGCCCCUGAAGUUUCAGUGACUGGCUAUGAUGGAAAUUGGUUCAUUGGAAGAGAGAAUGUUCAGCUUAGGUGCAAUGCUGAUUCUAAUCCACUACCUAUGGAAUUCACCUGGACCAGGCUGGAUGGGCAAUGGCCUGAAGGCUUACUGUCUAUAAACAAUACUCUGCAUUUCAACAGCCCACUAACUUACAAUUAUACUGGAACUUACAUCUGUAGGGUGACAAAUUCCCUUGGUCAAAGAAGCGAUCAAAAGACUAUCUACAUAUUAGAUGUGCCAAUUAAGCAGACCUCUUCUGUCGCUGUAGCAGGGGCUGUAAUUGGAGCAGUUCUUGCUCUCUUUAUCAUAACAAUCUUUGUGACAGUGCUGUUGACCCCAAGGAAAAGAAGGCCAUCCUACCUGGAUAAAGUGAUUGAUCUUCCUCCCACACACAAACCACCACCUUCAUAUGAAGAAAGAGCUCUCUCUGUGUCUCAGAAAGAAAUCAUUCUUCAGAAAGAGAAUUUCCCUUUGCAAAGCCCAUACAGAGAGAGAGCAGCUAGAAAUUCACAGCACAAAAAACCAAUAAGUGGCAGGCAACUUAACUAUGAUGAGAGAGAGCAAUUGGGACAAGAAGGUCCUCAACAAAUGUACCCAAUUUACAAGCAGAUGCAUUACCAGGAUUGGAGUUCCAAAAACCAAAACCCAGGAGCUGGAAGAAUCUACAUCAAUCCUAGAGAACACUAUGUGUGAUUAUAUCCCCUGUUGUAUAUUUCCCUACAGAAUAUGUUAAAUCAUUCCAACUUUUUUGUUGCUAAUCCAAUGCUGUUUGAUUAUAGGAUCAAUAUGAUCUGUUCUGUUUAGCAGGGAUAGUCAAUUUUUAGUUUAUCUACUUGUUAUCUUUGAACAGAGGAUAGAGGUAGGUGUGAAGAGGCAAAUUCCUUGAGAAGCUGUUUAGUAUGGGACUUUAAUAGGUGACUGACUUUUUUUUGUUUAAUUGGUAUUUUGCAUGUGUCAGUAUUGUUAUGUUCUUCAAACUGCUGUGAUCUUCCAAAUGAAGAGCCUCAGCUGGCUGUGUCAACCUCACUGUACUUCAGACUGGCCAGCCAAUUCAUAAUAUGAGGACCUAUGAAGAAAUAUGGACACAGUUUGUUUAAUUUCUUUGGAAAUUCUCUCUUUUUAAAAUAGUUAAUUAUUAAAAAUGCAAUACUUGUGCAUUAAAGAUAAAGCCUAAGCUAGAGGGAAAAAGUUGCCUUCUGUGAAAUGAGUAGUUGGCAGCUGUGAAUAGGCUUUUGUUUAACUUUUUAAGACACUUCAGAGGAGUGUUAUUGACUGGCGGAGUGACAAAACUUGGCCCUGGCUGCUGUUGCCUUCAGGUACCUCCUUUCCCCCAUUCCCAUGAAGAUUUAAACUAGGCUUGUCUUAAUGUAUUCUCAGGACAAAUACCCCACUUGUCUUUCCACUCAACUGCUGGACUGCUUUAUUAGAAAACCUAGGUUCCAUUUUCUUCUUACCGUUGGCUGACUUUAGCAGACCUGCUCUAGUGUCCCUAUACAUACUGUUUCCAACUUCCCAGAACCAAUUAGCUUUUGGUGGUAGCAAGAACAGGAGAGCUUCAAUUGUGGACAAUGACUUUUUUAACUCUUGACUAGGACAGGUAUAAACAAAAGUAUUAUGAAAUGUUGAUUGUGAAUGUAUUGCCAACAUGAAAAAUAUCACAGGGGAAAUUGAUGGUAACAGUAUAGAGCUGUAUUUUUAAGUUAGCUUUUCUAGAGAAGAACUAACUUUUCAUAAAUAAAAAUGUGUGUUUUUGGUUUUAAGAGCUAGCACAGAUUAGCUUGUGAUUUUAAAGUUUCUGUUGUUCAUUCAUCCAGUUUACCAUGGCAGAUAAUGGAACACUUAAAUGUAGCUUGUGAGAGAGGGUAAAGCAUAAACAAUGGGAUAUAAGAAAAACAAGAACCUUUCCACAAGUUCAGUUUCAGGUAAAAUGAAAACCAACCACAAAAUUUCUACUAAUCUUAUGAAUAAAUUUUUGUGGUUAGCUUUGUGUUUUGUUUUGCCCUUAAUUACCUGAAAGUGUGGCUAGGUUACUAUUUAAGAUGUGAUUAAAAGGUUAAUUGUCUUAAGCAUAACAUCUGCCAGGGGCCUGAGAUGCUUCCUUUAAUAUUUUAAAAGACUCAAUAGAUGCUACAAAAUUUAUUCCAUAGCAGACUUAAUAGAACACUUGAAUAUUGUUUUUGAAGAAUGGAAGAAAUCUCUAGAGCACUUAUCCACUUACACUAAGUAUUAAACAUUUAUUCAAAAAUGCUUAUUUUCAACAGUAGCUUUUUAGACAGUAGCUCUAUUUUGUAGAUAGCCAAAGAUAGUAAAGCAUUUUCUUCUGCUGUAUUAAAUCAAUUAUUCUUCCUGUGAUUUUGUUAAAGCUUUCAUCCUUGAGCAUCUAAAAUAGCCCUUUGAAAAAGACUGUGCUUAACUUUUAUAGUAUGAAACAUUUUAGUAGUAAUGAUUCCAGGUUCUCAGAAAACAGAUUUGUGCUGAAGUCUAACCCUGUGGCAAGGCAUGAUUCACUACAAAAAACAUUUCCUAUGAGCCAUUUAACUAGAAAAAAAGAGUUGCUGUCCCAACCAGUAGAGGUUUCUUGAGUGAGGAGGAGGAUUCCUAACUGUGAACUUAAUCAGGUUUUCCAGCUGAAACACCAGCAUCUUAACUAUGUUUUUAAAAAUAAUGAAACUUUAACCAUCUUAUUCACAGCUCAAUAGAAUGUAGCUAUUGGGAUCUGACAGAAAGAAUUGUUUAUUAAUUAUGAGGCAAAAUCAAAGACAUGAAUCUUUGUUGAAAUUCAUUGUGAUAAGUCUCCCAAUGAAAAAAAAUCUUCAGAAAGAAUUAAAAUUAGAGUAUCCAUUGCUUUCAUCCAGAAGUAACUUGGUUUUAUUGAUCCUGUAGAAAUGAGACUCCAUGACACAGUCUCAUACAAUUAACACCUAGCCUAACUUUUACUAGGAGAGGGCAGGCAAGAUUAGUUCCCACUCUGUUAUAAGAUGGAUGAAUUUAUUUUGCAUCACCUGGGUGGAUUUGGUUUGAUGACUUUGUUGGAAGGCGGUCUGGCUUCCAGUGAUGUUGGUAGGAUGCCUAGCAUGCUGCUGAGAGCAUUUUCUAAUGUUUUGUCACAUACUCAGUAUGAUACUCUAAAAAUAAGAAAAUUUUGAACACUGACAGCUUUUCCAAAGCAGUCAUCCUGCCACAGUUUCAGGAAGACAAACCCCUCCAUGAUCCUCAGAAAUGGAAGUGAAGAGAGUACAUGGAAGAGAUAGUAUUGGUCUCUUGAAGACUUGUUUGUUAGCCAUGAUAAAGUGUCCUUUCUCUGCCUAAGUAAUGACUGAUGAAACUACCUGACUUGCUAAUUUAUUGCUCUGUGAAUUAGAAAAUGCCUUGAAUUCAUUGCAGAGCAAAUCUCAAUUUUACUGCUGUGGAAGCCACUGGCAGUGUAAAAAUAAAGUAUUUUGGGGCAUAAGGGUUUGAUUUCUUUUUUAAUCGGAGUAUAAAUGAUGUAGGGUUGUUCUUUCCCUACAAGCAGAGCUACAAAAUUCAAAUGCUUAACCAUCCUUCCUCUGGCUCUCCAAAGUUUAUGUAAAAUAUGUUUCGUUACAGGGUUGAUGCUUGUUGUGACCUGAAGGAUGUUUGUAUCCCUGUACUCCUAUGCCCAAGACAAACUUAGUACAAGAAGUGAGUGAGACAGAUGACAGAUCAAGUAUCUAUAAAACUUAGUAAGGAACAAAUUCUUAAGGCAUGUGUUCAUAAAUACAGUUUUUAAAAAAAGAAAAAAUAACCUGCUAGGCUGAGGGCACAAAGAUGUGGCUUCCACAAAAACGGCAAUUCCCUGCAAUUUUGGCAUGGAAUCACCAGGAAAGAUUGUGGCUGCCCCCCGUCCCUGCCCCUGUCCCUGUCCCUCUCUGCUCAUUGACUGAGAGGGCUGCCCAUUGUAUGACCCUGUCCCUCUGCAAUCAGCAGCAAGGGGCAGGACCAUAUGAUGGGUAGCUCUCUUAGCCAAUCAGUAGUGAGGGGUGGGGUCACUGGAGCCCCUCAGCCAAUUGGUGGGGGAGGGGGCACCAAGAAAGACAGUGCAAAUGGUGCAAUGCAUUGCAAGUGGCCUGCUAUUUUUAUUUUGCCUCAGUGUGGUUUAGGUACAUCCUUACUAAUGACACUUGAUAGACAAGUAUUUUCAGUUCAUUUUAUGGGUAGAACCUGGGAGCCCCAAAGUUAAAGAUACCCAUUAUGUCUGCCUCUGUACAGUUAAUAGGUAACAGUCCCUGGCCCAGGUGGCUUAAAACCCUAUGUGACAGAAAACAUAAUGAUAGAAAAACUAAACUGGUGUUUGGUUAAGAAGAAAAAGAAAAAAAAGAGGACAAAAUAAUAACACCAAAAAAUAAGGCAGAACUCCCAAAGUCACUUAUGCCAGAUAAUUGUGAAAGGGAUGAGUGAACAGAAUAUUGAGUAUAACUGUGAAAUGGUGUAGCUUUUCAAGAAUACCAUCCUUGGAGAAACAUGUUUCAGCUUAUGUAGGCAGGCCCAACAGCCCCAUUUUUAGAAGUCUGAUUUUUGUUUAAGGACUUUUGACACUGUACCUGGAAUGGAGCUUCUUUAAAAAUAAAUAAAUAGCUACAACUAGGGAGGGUAAACGGCUUCUUUUUUGAUCUUUUGCAUCUCAUUCAGAUCCUGCAGCAGUCAAAUUGGUAUAGUUUAGAAGUGGCCAAUGAAGUUGGGUGCCUGGACCUGUGAGUGUUUUAAGCUUUUAAUAUGCUAGUCUCUGAAUUCGGACAGUUUUUCUUUUUUCCUGUUUUUGCAAGCUACAAACUGAGUGUAUAAACUCCAUAUGGCACUGGAAAAUUCCAUGUGGUGUGUUAAUUUGAUACCCGCUGCUUUGUGGAAUGGCAGUAAUCCUAUAUUGCUUUCAAAAAAAAGAAGAGGGCAAAUAAAAAAAAAAA